AUGAAUGAUGGGCUUACAGCCCCUUCUCGAGUCAGGGAACUUGUGGCUGUCCUGCAGAAAGAUAGAGAUUGUAUUUUGAAUGUUGGUGAUGCAACAAGGCAGCAGUCUGUGGUUGCAAGAACAAUAGCUGCCACCGAGAACAAGGACUGUCUUGAUCUUUUUGUUCAGUUAGAUGGGCUCCAGUUUAUUGAUAAAUGGUUGAAGGAUGCCCAGAAGUUCAGCAAUGAAACAGGUGAGAGCUUUGUGGAAGAGUCAAUUUCUCAUUUACUGCAAGCACUAGAAAAGCUGCACGUAGACGAUGAGAAAUUGGUUUCUUCAAACAUAUGUACUACUGUAAGGGAUCUUCUUGGUCAUAAUAAUUCCAAAGUCCUGGAUAGAGCUCGAGCGUUGUUGGAUAGCUGGGAAAAUGAUAGAAGCUUCAAUGCAUCUUCCAUGAAUAUCGAUAGAGUUGAGCCUUUGACAAAUAAUGACAUAUGUUCAUUUAAAUGCAGAAGCCCAAGUGCACAGAGAACUGAAGAAAAUGAUGAACUUGUCACUAUGUUACAAAACUCCUCCACCAGUGAGCAAAGCUGGGAAAAUCCCAAAAAUUCAAGUACAUUCUUGUUGAAGAUUGAAGAUGAGGGAGGGAUUGACAAGCUUGACCAACAUUAUAGUGAUGGAAAUAAUGAUGCUCUGGCGAUUAAUUAUGAUUUUAGGAAAAAAAGAACUGACAGGGAACCUGGUUUAACCAGCAAGAAAUCUGGUGUUGAAUUAGACUAUGGGAUUCUAGAUCCAUUAGAAGUUGCUCGGCAAGUUGCUAUAGAAGUGGAGAGAGAACAUAAAGAUUUUAGAGAACAAAGUUGCAGUUCUUCUGAGAAAGCACCAGAAGGUAAACUACAGGAGCCAGGUAGCCCAGACGUUUUAAGUGGAAAAAGAUCCCAUGCCACUGAAGGCUCACCUGAGCAUGUGUCCCAGGACCCAGAUCUGUCUGCUGAAGCUUCGCCAAUGCAGGAAAACUCUGCAACUGGUAGUGAAAACCUUGAUGCUGAUCCAAUAAAUGACACACAAGAUGUGGAAACCUCUCAGGUCACUGAGGUGGCUCAAGAAGAAGCAAACACGGUGAGAGGCCUGUGCAAUUUUGAUCUGAAUCAAGAAGUUUAUUCAGAAGAUAUGGAUCCCCCUGGGAAUCAAAUUUCUACCACUGUCUCUAUAGUUUCUGCUUCAAGGGCAACUGCAGCUCCUGGAUUACCUGUUGCUCCAUUGCAAUUUGAGGGGAAGUUUGGAUGGAAAGGUUCAGCUGCAACCAGUGCUUUCCGUCCAGCAUCACCUCGCCGGAUUCCUGAAGGUGAUAAGGAUCUUUCCACAGGGGAAAGCAGCAGUUCAAAACAGCGACAGGGAUGUCUUGACAUUGAUCUGAAUAUAGCUGAGAGUGAAGAUGGCAGAACAGGAGACCUACCAAAUAAACAUGUUCCAGUACAUUCCACCCUUCUUUCUGGGGAAUCUUCAGUGGAAGCAAACUCAAGAUUAGAACGUCUUGAGUUGGAUCUUAAUAGAGCAAGUGAAGAUGGUGAUGUCCCGUCAGAUAGGCAGAUCAACGAACAGCUUUUUCCCAAGAGAAAUGGCCAUCAGAGUCGAACUCUUUUUUCUACAUCAUCACUAAAGCAACCUUCUUUGAGGAAUAUUGAUCUUAAUGACCAGCCUUCUCUUCUCAAUGAUUAUUCAGAUCAUUCAUAUUUAACUAAGUUACCUCAAAAUUUAAAUGCUUCUGGAGAUUUAAAGUCAGUUGACUCUGUAAUAUCUAUCAUGGGCACAAGAGUGGAGGUCAAGCGUGGUGAUUCCGUUCCUCAUGCUGUGCACUUGCCAAAUGGCAGAACUCCAGAGCUUGCAUUUGAUGUUAACUUGGCCAGAACUGGUAGUUUUCUUGGGAUGGGAUCUGCACCUCCAUAUACCCAUUCUACGUUAUACAACUACAAUGGCAUUUCACCAGGUCAUGCUAUGCCUUUCUCUACAAUGUAUGGGGUUGCUGCCCCCAUUCCUUACAUGGUGGAUUCUAGAGGAGCACCUGUUGUUCCUCAAAUUGUGGGCUCUGCAUCAGCCCGACCACCUGCAUUUUCUCAGCCACCAUUCCUCGUAAGUAUGACUUCCUCAACUCCUUCAAAUGGGGGCGUGCCAUCGCAGGGUAGUUUUGAUCUUGACUCCAGGCUAAUGUUGGAAGGUGGAAGUAGGGGCCCUGCAGGCUUGGGACUCUUGUCGAAUUCAGGUACAUUUAUAUCAACUGACGAGCAGUUGAGGUACUAUUCCCAACCUUCCAUCAGUUCAGUUGGCGAGAAACGAAAAGAACCAGAUGGUGGAUGGGAAUAUUACCCUUUGAAACAAUGCACACCACCAUGGAAACAAAGUUAAUUUACACGGGCCUCCUUUCUUGGGAUGGUAUUAGGAACAAUCUGAUCGGGCUAUUGGUUUUAUAGCAAUAUUUAACCAAGAAGAGUCAAAUUGACUGAAGUUGGAGAGAGGUUUGUAGAAAGCUAAAAAGUGAUAGGAAUUGUGGUUGCGAUUAUAUUCUUUAGGUAAAUUAUGCAGAGAAGAACAGGAUACUAGGUUUUACUGUUUUCAAAUGUUUCUAAUUUCUUGAUCCUCCUUGUAUUGUAGAAGGCACUUCACCAUCACAGGAAACUGGUUACUUUUACCUGUAAUUUCUCCUUAUUUAGGGGACAUGCUCUUGUAUAUACUUAUAUAUGUGACCCAUGUUCUGUGUUUAUACAAAUGUAGAAAAUUGUGGAACUGCAUCCA